AUGCUGCCGCUGCAGGUGCUGCGGCCGCUGCGGGGGCUGCAGCAGGUGCUGCAGCGGGGCUGCCGCUGCAGCAGCAGAUGCUGCUGCUGCAGGUGUUGCAGCAGGCGCUGCAGCGGGUGCUGCUGCCUGCUGCAGCAGCAGGUGCUGCAGCAGGUGCUGCUGCUGCACAGGGAACGUUUUGUUGCUGCUGCAGGAAGUGCAGUAGAAGCGGUAGCAACAGCAGAGGCCGCAGCUGCAGGAGGGAAAGAAACAACUGUAGAAGCAGCUGCAGCAGAAACAGCUGCAGCGGCCCAAAAACAGCAGCAGCAGAAACAGCAACAGCAGCAGCAGCAGGGUGGCGCAGUGCAGGGAGGUCAAAGCAGCCAGGGAUC